UGCUUUCGAGAAGGUUUUAAUGGUGGGAUAAUGCGCGGGUAAAUGGAAAAAGUUCGCCAAACCCCUGUACAUUGUUGAGUCUGAACAGGUCGAAAAUGGGAAGGCAGACGGAAAAAAGCAAAUUGAAACAGGCGAAAAUAAAGGAGGAAAGGAAAAAAUUAAAUCUAGCUUCUGCACUGGUAAGAAAGGCCAACGAGAUCAUCGACCCGCUGGAAGACUUUCCGUCGUUCAUAUCCUUCAAGAACGAAGACGUCGACGUCGUUUUGGACUGCAGACGAGUGAAAGACCUCACGGAAGACGAGUUCGAGAAGGUGGUUGACUUGAUGAGACUCAACAUGAAAGACUACUACGAGAAAUGCGACUGGGGCUGGGACGAAGAGAAGAAGAGAGAAGAGAUGUUGGAGAGUCCUGCGAGGUACCUUCUGGCAAGGGAUAGGUUCGACACCACUCGCAUACUCGCCUUCUCACAUUUCAGGUUCGACUUAGAUUACAAGCAGAGCGUACUGUACCUAUACGAGCUCCAGCUGGAUCCUGCGGUGCACAGGAAAAAGCUCGGACAGUUCAUGCUCAAGGCGCUUGAAUUGAUGGCUUUUAAAAACUCCAUGCAGAAGGUCAUCUUGACGGUCCUCAAACACAACCACACCGCAUUGGCAUUCUUCUCUAAACACGGAUACACUUUGGACGAAACCAACCCGGUGGACAAUUAUGAAGAACAGUUUUGUUAUUAUAUUUUUAGUAAAAGUAAAAGCUUUAAAGAAAACGUGGUAUUACAGUAAUGUAGUCA